UCAAUAAUGACCGAUAGAGGAGCUUUUUACACCAAAAUUUUCUAACAUCUUUUCUUUCCAAGUUAUUUUAUACAAAACAAGCCUGAUAAAACGGCCGUUACAUUAUUUAAAUUGUAAGACACAGGAGCACAAUAAACUUAUCUGGCAAUAACAGAGUCUGAAUAACUAUUUUUUGUAAUAUAAUUUCAAUGAGAAGUGUCUAAACUGGAAAUCCUUACAACAGUUUAUAAUUCGUGAAGAUAUAAAAUUUUUAUUUAUAAAACUUGUUUUUAUAACAAAUAGAAUUUGAUAGGAAUAUGGAUUUUCCAUUUAGAAGUAAAAAUCUUAAAAAAUUAACGAUUAAUAAUGGAAAUGGUUCUUCAAGCACAAAUGAAAAAGAAAAUCACAAUACUGUCAACAAAAAUUCAGACAGCUUACAAAAAAAAGUGAUGAAUUAUCUUCAUAAAAAUUAUGGUUCUAAAGAAGAGAAGAAAGAAGAGAAAAAAGAAGAAAAAAAGGAUGAUUAUGAACCACAACAAAUAGUUGAUCGAAAUCAAGAAAUUAAAUCAAUAGAGAAAGAUGAAAUAGUUACCAAAAAUGGAGAUAAAUAUGAUCAAGAUAGUGAAAAGGGCUCUGAUCAGAAGAAAAAGUGGGUUUUAACUGAUUUUGAGAUUGGAAAUCCACUUGGUAAAGGAAAAUUCGGAAAUGUUUAUUUAGCAAGGGAAAAACGUUCAAAGUUUAUCAUUGCUAUGAAAGUUCUUUUUAAAAGUCAAAUUGAAGAAGGCAAUGUCGAGCAUCAAGUCCGUAGAGAAAUUGAAAUUCAAACACAUCUGAGACAUCCCAAUAUUUUACGAAUGUAUGGCUAUUUUCAUGACGUUAAGAGGGUUUAUCUCAUUUUGGAGUACGCACCUGGAGGAGAAUUAUACAAAGCUUUGAAAAAAGAACCCAAUGGACGAUUUGACGAACCAAGAACUGCUGGAUACAUUAAACAAUUAGCUAGUGCAUUAAAAUAUUGUCAUAGUAAGAAAGUCAUUCAUCGAGAUAUAAAACCAGAAAACUUAUUGUUGGGAAAAAAUGGGGAGCUUAAAAUAGCCGAUUUUGGUUGGUCAGUUCAUGCUCCUUCAUCAAGAAGAGAGACUUUGUGUGGAACAUUAGAUUAUUUACCUCCAGAAAUGGUUCUUGGAAAACCCCAUGAUCAUUCUGUUGACUUGUGGGGAACUGGAGUACUUUGUUAUGAAUGUCUUACGGGGAAACCUCCGUUUAUUGCUAAAACUUACGAUGAAACAUACAACAAAAUUAUCAAGGCUCGUUAUACAUUCCCUUCUUACAUUAGUGAAGCAGCUCGAGAUUUAAUUUCUAAGUUAUUAGUUGUCAAAUCAGAGCUUCGAUUACCUUGGGAUGGUAUUUUAUCCCAUCCAUGGAUAACUGCUGAAAAUAAAUAAUUUAAAACCCGUCCAGAUCAUUUUUUAACUUAAAUUCAUUUUUCAUAUUAGAUAGCAUGCAAGUUUUUAGCAAUAUAGAUUGGAUAUAAAGUAAAUCAUCAUUAUGUAAAUAAAUUUGUUUCUGUUUUAAUUUAAGAGAUAAAUCAUAACAUUUACUAUUGUAAGAAAAAGUGUCAAUUUAAAAGUACUUUUAAGUUUUACAAUCGAUAGGCGACACUUGAAAUAUUUUAUUGACUUCUUUUAUACAUUAUUCAUCAUAAAUUCAAUGUAAAUUGCGCAUU